AUGAAACCAAUUAUUACAGCCUUGUUCUUCCUAUUGCCAGUCUUCUCCCGGUCGAAGCACAGCAAGAAGAAGUGCCCUCGUCGGGAUUGUUCGCAGCUGGCCAGUGGCUUCGGCUCCUUUGCAUACUUUCCAGGCAACAGUAACCUCACUGUCUGGGACGAAAAACAACAGGAAGCUCAAUCUGCUUGUCGAGUCCAGCCGACAACGACUGAGGAUGUGUCAAAUAUUCUUCAUAUACUCCUAGACGCAUCGUGUCGCUUUGCGGUCAGAGGAGGUGGCCAUGCUCGGGACCCUGAUGAUUCUGUCUCUGUCGGUGGUGUGACUAUCGAUAUGCAAAAGAUGAGGUCUCUCGAGGUUUCCGCAGACCGAUCGACCGUGAAAUUGGGUAGCGGCCAUGUCUUGCAUAGUAUGUAUGUCAGCCUUGAGAAUUACAACCUUACUACGCUGGGGGGAAGAGUCGCAGACGUGGGCCUGGGUGGGUUUGCUCUUGGAGGAGGAUUCUCCGCACUAUCUCCCAUGUACGGAUUGGCGAUGGAUAACAUCUUUGAAUAUGAGCUUGUCCUACCUAACGCUACCGUCAGAACAAUCAAUGACCAAACACACCCGGAUCUUUACUUCGCCCUACGAGGGGGCAUGAACAAUUUCGGUAUUGUCACUCAUUUCACGAUGAGGGCUGUUCCUCAAGGCCAAAUGCAUGGAGGAAGUCGAAUUUAUUCUGUGGAUAAGAGGGAGGAUAUCCUAGAGCAGGCAUACCAACUGACGACAACAUGGAAGAAUGAUACAGCAAUGGCAUUUUACUACCGAUUUGAAUAUGACCAAAAGGCAGACGAUUUCAUCCUCGGGAUGAACCAAGAAUACGCACAUCCGAUAUCCAGCCCUCCGCCAUUUCGAGAGGUGAAUGAGAUUCCGUUCGAAUCAAGUACUCUCCGGAUAGAUUGGCCCAGCAACUUCAGCGUCGAGGGUAUCUUGCCAUCUGGUGGCCGAAACCUGUAUGCGACAGUGACCUACUAUCCGUCCGCAGAUCUCGACCGAAAGAUGCAGGAUAUAUUGAUGGAAGAAAUACAACCCAUCAAGAACAUCCCUGGUUUUACACCGGGCCUUGUCAUUCAACCUUUGUACGGGGCCGCUAUCCGCGCUAAUAGCGAAAGAGGAGGGAGUGCUGCCGGUAUAGAAGCUGAUGGACCACUCACCGGUACGUUGAUUCCCACUGUCUAUUAA